AUGAUCAAGUUGCCAGCAGUGUGGCAGCCCGACCAUCCAUUGACCAAGAUGCAUGCACAGCAGCAACAUCCUCAAGUGAUGUUUACAUACUUUCAAAAACAACCAACAAGUAACUCCUUUGGCAACAGUGUAGUCCAAUCAACCAAUUGCUACAUCAUUCCAUUCUUGAUCACUGGUCAUCAUUACAACGUCCUCAUUGGACAUCAACAAUCCAAGGCUGUUUUCCACAUUUCAAAUGUUGAGCAUCAGUCAACAACUACAUCAGUGGACUUCAAUCUGAGACCUUUAUUCUCAGUUUUCCGU